AUGGCCCAUCUUGGUAGCUCCAGCCGCAUGAUGAAACCUUCAGAGACCUGGUCCAUCAUCCUGACCAUAAGGCUUGAGUCCCUGCACAAAGUACUGAAUUUCUGUGACUUUAUUUUCACAGAUAAAAACCUGGAUAAUGCCGUGGAAGCAGCUGAACAAUUUAAAUUAAUCCAAGCAGCAUAUGAUGUGUUGAGUGACCCUCAGGAAAGAGCAUGGUAUGAUAAUCAUAGAGAGGCCCUGCUUAGAGGUGGGCUGGAUGGAGAAUAUCAAGAUGACAGCUUAGAUUUGCUUCACUAUUUCACUGUCACCUGUUACUCUGGUUAUGGAGAUGAUGAGAAGGGCUUUUAUACAGUGUAUCGCAGCGUUUUUGAAAUGAUUGCGAAGGAAGAGCUGGAAUCGGUGUUGGAAGAGGAUGCUGAGGAUUUCCCAACCUUUGGAGACUCCCAGAGUGACUAUGAUACGGUGGUCCACCCUUUCUACGCGUACUGGCAGAGCUUCUGCACGCAAAAGAACUUCGCUUGGAAAGAGGAAUAUGACACCCGGCAAGCUUCCAACCGCUGGGAGAAACGCGCCAUGGAGAAAGAAAACAGAAAGACUCGAGACAAAGCAAGGAAAGAGAAGAAUGAGCUUGUCCGCCAGCUGGUAGCUUUCAUUCGCAAGAGAGACAAAAGAGUGCAGGCGCAUCGGAAGCUGGUGGAGGAGCAGAAUGCGGAAAAGGCCCGGAAGGCCGAAGAGAUGAGGCGGCAGCACAAGCUAAAGCAGGCCAAACUGGCAGAGCAGUACAAGGAACAGAGCUGGAUGACCGUGGCGGACCUGGAGAAGGAGCUCCGGGAGAUGGAGGCGCGGUAUGAAAAGGAGUUUGGGGACGGAUCAGAGGAAGACGAGGUGGAGGAACAUGAGCUCAAAGAUGGACGGGAUGGUAAAGAUAGCGAUGAGGCCGAGGACGCAGAGCUUUAUGAGGGACUGUACUGCCCGGCAUGUGACAAAUCUUUCAAGACGGAAAAGGCCAUGCGGAAUCACGAAAAAUCUAAGAGACAUCGGGAAAUGGUGGCCUUGUUAAAACAGCAGCUGGAGAAGGAGGAAGAAAACUUUUCAGGCUCUCAGGCUGACGAGAGUGUAUUGGAUGCCAAUUCUGAGGAGGAAGUGGAGGGCGCACCCAAACUAAGGCUUUCUAAAAAACAAAAGAAAAAGAAACAGAAACCAACACAGAAUUAUGAUGAUAAUUUCAUUGCAAAUGGAGCUGGAGAAGGAGUAAAAGUUGAUCCAGAAGAUAACUUAGAUCAAGAGAGUGCCAAAGAAUUAGCAGACAGUCCCCAAGAAAGUGUCAGUGUCACAGAGACUGUUCAACUGUGUGAUGACCCAAAAAGUGAAGCUAAAAGUGUUCCUAAACCCAGAGGAAAGAAAGCCAAAGAUACGAAAAAAUCUGUCAGAGUAUCUGCUGAGCCACAGACAAUGAGUGACGUUCUUAUGAGCUGUACAACCUGCCAUAGCGAGUUUCCAUCUCGGAAUAAACUAUUUGAGCAUCUAAAGGCCACAGGUCAUGCAAGAGCACCUUCGUCAUCUUCUCUAAAUGGCAUAACAAGUAGUCGAAGCAAGAAAGAGAAACGCAGAAACAGAUAGACAUUCUGUCAGCGCCUUUUCUUUUUGAUUGUCUUUAGAUUUUGAAACCAAAAACUGAACUGAAAUCAUCUAAAGUUAAAAUUUCAGUGAUCUGCAAUUUAUUGCAUUGUGGAAGAUUAUUUUUUACCUUGUAAAAACAUUUUUCUGUUUAAUAUAUAUUUUUAAACAUUUCCAUUAGUGACUGAAUUCUACUGUUGCCAUCUGAGUGGACUUGAAUAUCUCAGAACAGGUAAAUACUGUAAAGUGUGCAUUCUUGAUUUCUGUGGGCUCUUGCGGGCAGAAAUGUACAGGGAGAAUUAAAUUAUUUUAACACAAACAAAUGCCCCUUUCUGUUUUAUUUUCUGAAUUUCCCAUUAAGUAUUUUUAUAUGAUUUAAUGCUUUUGUCGUCAACUCUAGAUUGUUUUAAAAUUUUCAUAGAUUUUUUCCCAUCUGAUUCCAUGACUCCAGUUCUAAUUUUAAAAUUCCUUCUAAAGAACCUGUUGUUGAUUACUGUAUUUUUCCCUCAAGGAUAAUGAAAGAUAAGAACUGCGUGACCACACUUGGGUGUGUUUCAAGAAUAAUGUCUCUCUGAGGUGUAAUUACACUGAUUUGAUUUGGGAUGCUACUGGUAAUUAUCAGCAAGAUACAUUUUGGUUUCUUGCUCUGAUCUGGAUUGUGGAGGUGGAAGCAAGUUAAUGUACACUGCGCUUCCUCCCCAGGCGCAGUGACAGCUGUGGAGUGUGAUGGAUCAUGGUAGCAGAUGGUUUAGAAUUUAUACUGACACUUUAACAGGGAAUAUUCUGCCUUGGGCUUUUUCUUCACUAUUUUCAGAAAUUAUUUUAUUUUGUUUUUU